AUGACGGAAGACAUCUCAUGUGGCGUGGAGCCGUUUGACCUUCCAGUAGUCAAUGAUGUUGACGAUACAUUCUUGGAUCCGUUCGUCUACUCGAACGAGGUGCGGUUUCUUGUCGACCGCAUCGAAGAAACUGGCAUUGAAUGCAAAGAUUGUGUCUGCCCGCAAGGAUAUAAUGAAUGCGGCUUCGUUGAAUGUGGCCCAGCUUGUCCGUGCCCUACCGAUCGGGUCGAAUGUCGUCGUACUCAACAAGGAUUGUCGUGGCGUCUGGAGGUUGUUUAUUCU